ACCUUACUUUGAUAGCAACCGGAUGUUUGUGUUUUAACAUCCGGUGUGGAGGCGGUGUAAACAGCUAGUUGUUAGCUCACCAGGCUAACCUCAUUUUGGUGUUGAAACGUAAACAAGACGCGUGUGUGACCACAGAAGAAGAAUGGCCUCGCCUCCCCCCGUCUCCUCCCUGAGACUCCUCCUACCUCCUCUCCGCCUGCUGACAGCGGCCAUGUGGCAGGUCGCUCAGCGGCAAAGUGUGAAGCAUUAUGGGAUGCUGGAGGACUUUGUUUCCCUGGUAACCGAGGCCGUCCCGCAGCUACUGACGGACAGGCAGAGGAGUCUGCUGCUGCUGGCCCUGAGAGCCAAGGUGACCCUCUGUGACCCCGAUCCUCAGGCAGGACACGCCCACCUGGAUAAAACCUGCUCCGUCUCCAAUGCAACGGUGGACGAGUGGCGUUCUGCUCUGUUGACUCUGACGGACAGACUGACCCAGAGUCCAGCAGACAGACGGCGCCUCCUGCAGGAGGUGUUUGACCACAGCUUUGACUCCGCCCUCCAGUCUCUCACAUGUGACUUCCUGUCCAGGAUCGAACAGCUGUUUCCUGUGCCCGACUUCAAACAGGCUGCGUCCUGGCUUGAUGCUGCUCCGGGUGGUCUGGAGGAGUGUCUGCAGGAGGCAGACCGGGAGGAUCUGAGGGAGCUGCUGACCAAUCAGAGUUGUCGACUGGGACAAGUGACCACCACAGUGGGUCCGGACACCGAGGAGUUCCUCCUCUCAGCCUGGUCCCACCCCCUCUUCACCGAACCGACCAACCCUGAGCCUCCACCCGCCGACGUGGCGGUUCAAUCAGACGCUCUCCCUGACGUGGAGCUGGUGAAGGCGGAGGUGGUGGUGGUGAUGACGGAGGAUGAGCAGGAGGAGGUGGAGGAGACUGUGAUUGGUCAUAGCGUACUGCUGGUAGAACAGGAGGCGUCCAAUCAGAGCGCAGCGCUGGAGGAGCGUGCACCUGUGGAGGAGGACGCGUUCAAGGACUCACCUGGAGACUCUGCCGACCAAUCAGAGCACACAGUCGACCAAUCAGAUCAGACCUGCUCUGAGGUGACAGCCAACGCUCUGUACAGCAUUUCCCAUAAUUCACGGCGUGUGGCUCACAAAUGUCCUCAGUGUGGAAAAUGUUUCAUCUACCGUUCUCAGGUGAUUCGUCAUCUGCGAACCAAUAAGUCGUGCGGGUCGGCGCUGACCACGGCUGCAGCAUCAAACCAGAAGAGUCUACCUGAGAAGGAGCCCCGCCUCCCGGAGCCCCGCCCCUCCAGGACACACUCCUGUUUCCAGUGUAACGCCAUCUUCAGGACCAAAGCGGAGCUGCUGGCGCACCAGCGCAGCCACCGCGCCCGCCCCGUCUACCAGUGUGCCCAGUGUGACAAGGAGUUCCACCACCUGUCCAGCCUGACCAACCACAAGCAGACGCACCUGGACCGCGGCGGCUUCACCUGCAGCAGGUGCGACAAGGUGUUCGAGUCAGCCAAAGAGCGGGACGCCCACCGGCUGCAGCACCGGCUGCCUGACCUCACCUGCACCGUGUGCGACCAGACUUUCGGCUCGCAGACGCAGCUUCUGCGACACCUGCAGACGCACUCUGUGGAGGGGGCGGAGCCAAGCUACAAGUGCCGCUUCUGUGACCAAACCUUCUCAGGCGUGACUCAGCUGCGUAUCCACCAGCGGACGCACACGUUCCGCUCGUAUCAGUGCGAUCAGUGCAGUAAGACGUACGGCUCUCUGACCGGCCUCCACUCGCACCGCGCCAGCCACGGCGCCGAGAGCCGCUUCCUGUGCUCACAGUGCGGCAAACGCUUCAAGACCCGCGACGGGCUGGAGGGCCACCUGAGGACACACACCGGCGAGCGGCCCUACCGCUGCCCCUACUGCCCCAAAGACUUCACCGCGCUCGCCGGCCUCAACGUGCAUGUGCGACGCCACACCGGGGAGCGCCCGUACGUGUGCACGGUGUGCGGGAAGGGCUGGCCAUCUGGAGGAGACCUGCAGAAACACAUGAGGACGCACACGGGCGAGAGGCCGUACGUCUGCCAGGACUGCGGCAAGGCCUUCUCCAUUUCCUGUCACCUGACCGAACACCGGAGGAUCCACACCGGAGAGAAGCCUUUCUCGUGUCCGGAGUGCGGUAAAUGUUUGCGGAGGAAGUUUGACCUGAAGAAGCACAUGUUAUCUCACAGUGACGUGCGCCCGUACGCCUGCGCUUACUGUCCAAAGAGCUACACCCGCAAGACUCACCUCAACAGACAUCUGCUGACACACGGAAAUGCCGACGACGGCGAGACGGCGGUGGAGAUGGCGGACGAGGCCUGAGGUCCGCCUACACACUCAUCAAUGACGUUCCUCUGCAUGUCUAAUGAGCUUCAUGUUGUCCGAUUUCCUUUCUGCACAGAAAUAUAAACAUCUACUAGCCUUUAUUGUGAUCGAGUUGUGUUGAUGCAGCGGCGACCAGGGACUCCUGAAGCUCACAUUUUUUAGCUUUACGUCCCAAUGUGGAAAAAACAUGGUCGCCACAAAUACGUUUCACUUUAUUGCUUAAGUGUUUUCAACUUCAGUGGGGUUCUUUUCUGUUUUCAAAAUAAAAUAUGCCCAAUCAGCCUUUACUGUUAGCUUUACGCCUUGGCAAUAGCUGAGCUGAACGUUAGCCUGACAAAGUUUGUAAAAGACAAUACAGAAUAUUCUGCUGUGGAUGCCACGUUGGUUCAGAUCUAAAAGUCAUACGAAAACACAAACAAAUGAACCAAAGUGGACCAACAACUCUAAAAAGAGUUUUUUGUGAAUGGAGUCUGGUUGAAAAGAUAAAGAGCUUUCUGACAGUAAGGUAGAAAUAUUAGGCUAAAAUAUUAUAAAGAUCACAAACAAACCAAUAUUGAAGUCUUGACACUCUGGCGGACCUGGAUCUGGACUUGAUUAGUUGGUCUUUUUCGUGUUUUUUAAACAUGGAAAGAGGAAGAAUGAACUCAUAAAAAUUGCCUUGUCGAGUCUUCGUUCUGAUUCACAUGAUUUUCCCAGUCUGGAGCUCAUUUUUCCAAUUAUUACACAACAUGAAUAUGGAGGACCAAAGCUGCAAAAAUCGAUACAUAAAUAAAUAACUCCAUGAAUAAAAUAAUAUGCAAUUCGAUGUAUUAAAACAAAAUAUAGGCCUUAAUUUAUUGAUCUAAUGUGACAUAAAUUGACAUUUCAAUUUUAAAUUGCUUAAUUUAUUUACCUUUGCAUUUUAUUUAUUUGUAUUUCCUCUGUCAUUUAUUUUCCCAAAUAUAUUUAUUUGUCAGAAUCUUAAAUUCUAUUGUCAUUUUGUUUUCAUUAUACCAAUGAGGGGGCUAAACUUUUCAAAAUUCUAAAUGAAUAAAUAAAAUGAACAAAUAUAUACAUUUAAAAUUGUAUUACUAAAUUUGAAAAUAAAAAAUAAAUAAAUGCAAGAAUAAAUAUAUCUUAAAGAUUAAACAAGGAAAAUAGGAAAGUUGAUACAUAGGUGAAUAAAUAAAAUGAAAAUAGUUUAUGUCACAUUAUUAUAUAUAAGAUAUAUUUAAUGCCUAUAUUUAUUAUACAUUUUAUUUUUGUCACAUUUCAUGGCAUAUUAAUGUAUCUAUCGAGGUGUUAAUUUAUUUUUAUUUUCAUUUUGGCGGCUUCGGUUCUCCAUUAAAUGGUAAAACAAUGUAACAAAGAAAAGUUCCUGUUCACGUCUGUUCGCUGUCGUUAAUAUAUCAUUGAUUGAUCAUUGAUCACAAACUGAUGAUUAUUGAUUGAACGAGUCGAGUCAUUAAUGUGUGUGAGACAACAGGAAAAAAAUCACGUAAGGCAUUAUUUUCUCGUGACGAUCAACACUGAUUAUUGAUUACUGAUUAGUAAAAACAUUUGUGUUGCCAUGAAAAAUUUUGUAUUUCUGCUUAUUGUAUAAAAGUUGUUGUGUUUCUUAUGUGACGUCAUUUCAACACUUUUCAGAAUGUUGAAUCAGUGGAAGCUGCUGGAUGCUAUAUGCAUUAAUUUGUUAAUAAAAGAGUCCUUAAAUUAAUCUUCCUUUUUUAAUUUGCUACUUUAUAUAUUAACUCUUGGUUUGAUUCCCCUAUUUAUAAUCAUGUAUUUUUUAAUAAUGUUUUGCAUUCAUUUUUUUAUUUUUUUAAUUGCAAUUUAAUGUAUUAAUUAGUCAUCAAUAAUUUAGUCGUUUUAUUUAUUUAAAGCUUUGAAG